AUGAUGGUGCCGCUAUUACUUGCCCUCCUAGUACCGGUGUAUUGUAUUAUGGUUGAUAGCGACGUUGACGUCAAGAAUUCUCCUCAUUAUAAGAAUGGGGUCUUCACCAUACCAAUAAGCGAGGAGAGCGGUAACGAACUUUAUCAACAUUGGGUAGAUCAGGCGUUCAGCAGUUUGAUGGCAGCACUCGCGACGGAAAGGUUACCUAAAGUGUCAAGCUUGGAGAAAGAACGACACUAUAAAUGUGCAAAACGGGCUGAAAAUAUACGAACUCAUGCUAAAUGUGUUAGCAUGCUCUUCGAAGCCAGUGCAGAUCAAGCGAAACAGAUCCGCUGGGCUAAGUUGCUCGGGAAAAGAAGGAUGGCUAAUCGUGUGCUUCGUCGAAAUACUAACUCUUCCUCUCAUUGGGGACGGGAGAAUUCCUCUAAAAUGGUUAAGAUCAAAUCUAAAAGGAAAAUCCCAUGGAUAGGUGGAUUUCGCAUGGAACGUCGUAAACGAGAAAUAAUCAAUAAGAGCAGCUACACUCUCAUCGAUGAGAGGAACAGAUCUCCGUUUGGUCAAAUAGCAGAAUCUUUGACGAAAACAGUGCGAGCAUUAAAAAACAAGAAAAAACACAGAAGGUGGCAAUCUGUUAUUUCUGAUAUCAAAAAAGAAGCGGAAGAAAUGGAGAAAAAGCGACAAGAAAAAGAAAUGUUAGAAAAGCGCUUGAAAUUCUAUUCAAAAGCGGCUGUAAACUACAGGAAAUCAAAAAGGCUGGACAAACUAACGAAGCUGUACGAACUUGAGAAAACUCUUAAUCCGGAUAGCACUAAUCAAAUGGAUCACAUGAAGAGAGAGUACCGGAAGCGACAGAAAAACCUAACACUCUCGGAGAGAGCGGUUUUGGAACCCAUCAGAAUGAUCAGGGAAGGAGUCAAACUUACAAUGAUGAUGACUGGUCAUGAUGUGAAUAAUUUUGAGAAGAAGUCUCUCCGCAUGAUCAGUCCCCGUAUGAUGACUUUCACUCCGGAUGACGUAGAUUCUUCCAACAAUGAGAUAAAUGUGCUAUCUCCAUCAUUGUUCUCUCUCCACGAUAAAGGAAAUGGUAUCGAGAAAAUGACAUCACUUACAACUUUGCUUAACAGUACUGGAGUACUAAAGGAACGCGACCAGCAGGAAUGGAUGGAUUUCAUUAUAGAAACCUCUGGAGCAGCAGAUGCGUUCGAUGAAGCCAAGGCAACGAAAAGGAUGGAGGAGGCGAAAACCGACGUGAAAAGAAUCCGUGGUCCCGAUGGGCAACCUAUUAUCCUCACAAAGGAGAAUGUCACUAAACUCUAUGGGAAGUACGAGGCGUCAAAAGUUAACCUAUUUGAACAACUACAGAAUUCGUUCACGCCGGAACAGCUGUUGGCAAUGAAUCGCACUGGAUACGCAGUGCUGUCUCCUUCCCAAAGAGUACUGGUCUAUGGGGAGAACUCGCCUUUUAACAAUUCUAUAGCUCUUGAAGCGAUGCGAAACGUCACAGACUACGAUGCACAUCGUACAGUCCGUGACACUGUACGUCACGUGGCGGCUGGAAGGUUACGGUACGAGUCAAGAGGUGGUGUGGUUAGAUUGAUAUCCGUGGUACCUGCGUCGAAACGCCAGAAACGCUCGAUUGUGUUGUCUCCACUAAGUGGAGUUGUGCUUUUGAACGAUCCUGUGACAGUUAGCCAGCCGUUGAUUUUAUCCCCAGUUCAAUUCUCCGCCCUGAUUAACUCACCAGCUAUAUUUGGCGUGAUCGUACUAUCGCCGUGGUUGUUUAUCCCCGUCGUGUUGUCUCCUCGAAUAUUUUCACCUGUUGUAUUGUCAGCGUUUGCAUUUGUGCCAAUUAUACUCACUCCAUUGGCUUUUGUGCCAGUAAUCCUGUCCCCAGGAGUUAUGAACCCUUUCGUACUGUCUCCAUUAAUCUUCUCACCGUUUAUACUAUCGCCUCAAGCUAUGACUCCAUUGAUUUUGUCGCCAUUUGCAUUCUCGCCUUUCAUAGCCACGCCGAAUGUGCUUUCGCCGCUUGUCCUGUCACCGUUUGUGUUGUCCCCCAUUAUUCUCUCUCCAGCCUAUGUUUCAGCGUUGGUGCUCUCGCCGUACGCUCUUUCUCCAGCUAUUAACUCAACUGGUGCCAUAUUUACAGCUGUUGCUUCUCCAAGCUGGUUAAGUUGA